GUAAUUCUACCUGCUGGUCCCAACAUUCAUCACAGCCGAGGAGAGGGACCGGGCAGAAACCCUCAGAGGUUUUCAGGACCGACCUGAUCACCGCCAUGAAGGUGCAUGACUCGUACCAGCUGAACCCCGAGGACUACUACGUCCUCGCCGACCCGUGGAGGCAAGAGUGGGAGAAGGGCGUCCAGGUUCCCGUCAGCCCCCAGUCCAUCCCACAGCCCGUCGCCAGGGUUUUGGCUGAGAAAGGGAAGGAGGUCAUGUUCGUCAGGCCAAAGAAGUUGAUCCGGACAUCAGGUGCCGAGGCGCUGGGCUACGUGGACAUCCGGACGCUGGCGGAGGGAAUGUGUCGCUACGACCUGAAUGAGGAGGACGUGGCCUGGCUGCAGAUCGCCAACGAGGAGUUUGCAGAGAUGG